AUGGGGUUGCAGAAAGUGUCGUCAUCUUCGUCCUCCUCGAAAAUCGCGAGUCCCUGCCAAGUCGUGCUGAAACAAGGCGACGGUCUUCGGAAAACUUCAGUCAAUGUUCAGGUGGCCAAUUUUUUCAAAUUUCAAUCACAAACAGCUCGCUGAAAAGGCGUUGCUUCAAGUUGCACCCGACCCAAAACGACUUGCGCGCAAAAGCAAAAAAAUACUUGAGUUAUACACGGAAAGUGCGAAAGGUCGAGGUAUUGGAAUAUAAUGAAACUUGGUAUAUAGGUACUCUCGAACACCCAGAAUCCAAAAAAGUUAAAAAAAAAGUGCGCAUUUUGCCUUCUAGUCGAGUUAUGACGCCUCAAAGAUUGCACGCGAAAAAUGCAUAAGAUAGGAGGAGGGAAUAUGUCGCGGCGGCUAACUCUAGCUGCCAGCAGGUUGCGUGGUGUAGUGGCUAGCGGCCUUGCGCUGUGGAAAUUCGGUUGCAGGUUCGAAUCCUUUUUGGUGCUAUCUAUUUUUGCCAAUGUAAAUUUGAAGAGUAUAUCAGUUUUUGAAGGCUUACAAAUGUUUAAAAAUGCUUUUUUUUCGAGAUUGAGGGCUGUUUAGGGCAUUAAGGCCCUCCUUGAGACUUUCAAAAUUUAUUGUUUUUUCUAGAAACUUAUUAAAGUUUUGAAGGUGAUCUUGAGGGAAUUCAGGAGUUUGAAGUCCCUCCGAAAAUUUUCUCAAUUUUUUUAAAAGCCACGGAUGAUUCCGAGAUUCAAGGAUAUUGCCGUUUUCUCAAAGCAUUUUCCCCUCAUAAUUUUCACCUUUUCUCAGGUAAAAGACAGCGACUCGUCACGACGGAACACGAUCGACCUGCAGAUCGGGGAAGGCCGGUCGCGAAAGAAUACUCUGGUCAAAGUGAACGGCGAAGUCGUCAGCCGACCUUCCGUCUCUGCUUCCAGUCCGACCAUCAAUAUACUCACUAACAACGAGGUUAGAAGCCUAGUUUCGAUUUUCAGGAUCAUUCGAAAAAUUCUAGCCUGUCUGCGCUCUCUUUUCCCUCACCGGGAAGGUCAUAGAAGCUCGAAAAUAG